CAGACAUCCAUUCACAUCUGCGUCGAAGCCUGGUUGAAGUUUAAAUUAACUAAAAACAGGAAGGAUGGGUUCUAGGCUGAACUAUGCCAACAAAGUGAUCCUAGCUCCGAUGGUGAGGAUAGGCACUCUCCCUACAAGACUAUUGGCAUUGGAAUAUGGUGCCGACAUUGUAUACUGCGAGGAAUUGAUCGAUUUCAAAAUGCUCACUUGCAGGAGAAAAGUGAAUGAUGUUCUUGGAACUGUUGAUUACAUAUCAAAGGAUGAUGUGGUAGUCUUCCGUACCUGUUCAAAAGAAACAGAUCGACUAGUGUUCCAGAUGGGAACAGCGGAUGCCCAGCGAGCACUGAAGGUUGCGAAGAUGCUUGAGAAAGACAUAUCGGGAAUCGAUAUCAAUAUGGGCUGUCCUAAGGAUUUCUCAUUGCAAGGAGGUAUGGGAGCAGCACUGCUCAAAACACCAGAUCGUAUCAAGGAGAUUCUGACAACAUUGGUUCAGGGAGUGAAAAUUCCUGUAACAUGCAAGAUUCGAAUCCUCCCCAAGUUGGAGGACACCAUAGCACUUGCCAAGAUGAUUGAGCAAACUGGUGUUGCUGCCCUUGCUGUCCAUGGACGUCUUACUGAAGAGCGCCCUCGCCACCCUGUACACUGUGAUGCAAUCAAGGCAAUUUCUGAUUGUAUUAGUAUUCCACUGAUUGCAAAUGGAGGUUCACAAGACAUCAUCAAAUCCUAUGAUGACAUAGAGAAAUUCCGAGAGAUGACCGGAGCGUCAUCGGUGAUGAUAGCCAGGGAGGCCCAGUGGAACCCGUCCAUCUUCCGAAAGGAAGGCAAACUGCCAAUACAGGAUGUGAUCAAGAGAUACAUCCAAUAUGCUGUAGACUAUGAUAAUGUUUACACCAACAUGAAGUACUGCAUCCAACAGAUCCUAAGAGAUGAGGUCCAAUCUGAACGGGGUCAGGAAUUACAGCGUUCAAAGAGUGUGAAGGAGAUAUGUUCAGCAUUUGACAUGAAUGAUUACCAUGACAAGGUCUUGGCAGCAAGGUCAGAAACCAUAGAAGAGCUAGAUUGCACAGAGAUGGCCCCUAAGAAACGGAAGCUGAAUGAUGGGACCUUCGUCAUAGAAGCACCAUGUAAAAUAAACAGGAAACAGUUGAGGCUAUUCAAGACAAGUUACAAGAGUUUGCUGGUACAGUACUGCCAUGCCCAGAGACUACAACUGCCUCGAUACACCACAGAGGAAGAUAAAAAGAAUAAUAUUUUCAGGUCUUCUAUUAGAUUGAACAAUCAGGAAUAUGCCACAACACUAUGGUGUACAAGUAAGAAGUUUUCUGAGCAAGCUGCAGCAGCAGUUUGCUGCCAACAGCUUGGCUUGUCUCUCCAAAAGAAGGACCCUCCCUCGAGCAAUCCUUCAAAGAAGAGCUGUUCUGCAUCAGGAGAUCAGAAAGUCAAAGAGCAAGGUCAGAAUGUCAAAUCAAAAGGUCAGGCUACAGACCAAUCCAAGCAGCAGGACAUCGUGAAUAGCCAGCCUGUCAAAGGGCAGGAAGAGGUUUGCAACGGGACGGGGGCGGAAUCAUCCAGUUCACAGAAAGCAGGGAAUGCUUCCCCCUCAACUGUGCCUGCACCAAGCAAGGAUUGCUCUACAGAUCAUCAGGAUGAAAGAUAUGGUGAUAUUGCUGAGCAGAGAUGACAUAAGUCUAUGCCCUAAAUGAUAUCCGUCAGUAACAUAAGUACUAUGCAAUAUACUAAUAUUUUAACCAUAAUGGAAAAUGAAUGCUUGAAUCCUUGUGUAAUUAGCAAUAUUUUCCUUUUUAAGUCUAUAUAUUAGAAAUAACAGAUUGAUUUAAUUUCUUUUUAAAUUUGAUAUUUGCCAAUUUUGCAUGACUAAGGAUGAGAUUACAUUUUCAUCGCAUUGCCAAUUUCAAUAUUGCCAAGAUUGAUUUUCUUAACACACUUAUCAUUAUUGAACCAAAGAUGUGAAUGCAGAAAAUUGGCACAGUAUAUUCAGAUUUGUUUUAUUUAUUUGACUAAUUGGGUUCUGCAUUAGCAGCUUCACAAUGUGGUCACUCUAUCCUCAUCCCUGUUACAUAAAGCUUAGUAAUUAAUUGUUAAGCUUCUUUUUAUGAUGAAUCAUACAUGAUAAUUAAUGCAAUCAGUUGUAGUAUUGUGGAGGGGCCGAAACAAAUAUACAUAGAUAAACUAAGGCACGUACACACAUACAAUACUAUCCUACCUUACUCCCAGUCUUGUCAUUCCCUGCAGCAGCAGCUCCAAGUUCAACCUCAGUUCAACUUCAAGUGUGGUAGGCAGGGUAGUAAUGAACCCUCUGUAGCUAGUAGUGGUCUGAUGGUACUGUCUGUGUGCAUGGUCUGUGUCUUGCAUUGCAGCUCACUGAGCCUGAUCAAUUGCCCAUUGUAUGUGAUUGAAUUGUUCCCCAUCAUUGUUCACAUACCAACCCAUACCAAUUACACCAUAGUAGAAAUUAACCCUGUGAUCAAUCCUAAGCUUCAUGAUACAGGCCCCUGAAUAAUGAAUUAGAAAACUUGGAGUUUUGCAGAGAAUUCUUUUUUUUUUUUACCUUUUACUCUUGGUAGUAAUAUUAGCCUUCAGUAUUUUUAUGCUUCAUACCAUUAAUAUCUGAUCGCAUUGCAAAGGUUUAAAAGAAUUUUGCUUAUCAUACUUGAAAAGUUCAUUUAACCAAUUAAAUUAAAACCACGAUCCUGCUUGAACAUCGCCAUCUCAAGACCUAAACUACAUCAUAUGCACCCUGAAUCCUUAUCCAGCAUGUGACAUUCUGAUAUGAAAUUUUAGAGUAUUUACUCACCUCAGUGAUGAGUAACUUCUUUCUAAUCUUCUGUCAUCUGUAUAAUACCUCGCUUCUCGUUCUGUAAGACACAAACGCGACAAUAAUUGGUGCCAGCGCAGGUUCUGCCACAGAUUUAUUCCCUAGGAGAUACUGUAGAAUAUGCUGCCUGUUGCUUGAACUCUUUCGAGUCAAUGACCUCGUUUGAUGUACUCAUCUGCAUGAUAUACCUUAAGCUUAAGAAAAUGCCCUUCCUGAUAUGACUAUGUCACAAUUAAUCCAUCGACAACAUUAAAGAAAACAUGGAAAGAGAGACAAUAAAUUAUGAGAUUACCUUGGAUCUCCUUUUAUUACACAAAUGCCCCCUUGUACUAACAAAAGUCGCACAUGUACAUGACAGCAGGAAGUGGAGGUUUCAAGCAGACUUGUGUCUGUACGGAACCACAUUGAAAGGGUCACCUGACUUAUAAAAAACACUAUAAAAUUUUGGAAGGCCCAUUUACCAAUUAACUUUGUUAAAUCAAUCAAAGAUGAAUCCAUUGAUCUACAACUCGCUCAUAUUCACAAGAUAUCUCAGUGUUUGCUUUCUUGGUGAAUCAGGGAGAAAGUGUCAUGAUCAAAUGUGCUGACAACUACCAGUAAAAGUAGACUUAUGCAAAGAUUAUUUAACAUGAUUUUAUUUCAAAUAAAUUUACUACCAGU